AUGGCCCCCAUCGGGAGCGGAUUGAAUUGGAAAGGGAGAAUCAAACCAUUUUUUAUCCACUUCGACUCCGAUGUCGACGUCGACUGCAACUUCGACUACUGUUUACUAACUUCUCCCGGAAGUGUUGCGCAAGGAAUGCGCGGGAAAGAUCUCGUUUCAACUUCGCAAGUUGUGGAACCGCGCCAACUCAAAAUCCGUCAAAAACGGCAGGAUGCAUGGAUACUGACUGGCCCAUCUGUUCUAACUACCAGGAAAAAUGUUUAUGGUGCCGAGUUGAUGAUGAUAAACAAAAAAAAAAGACAGUCCCUGGUCCGUGGUAGUCUGGCAAAGCCCCGAAGUAACUAA